AUGCUGCUUGCCGCUCGCCCUACCACCAUGCUGCUUGCCGCUCGCCCUACCACCAUGCUGCUUGCCGUGCUUGUCAUGCCAGCUGCCAGCACUCUCACAAACAGAUUCGCAACAAGAACCCUGAUGCCCUCCUUCGUCAUGCCAGCUCCCAGCAUGGGCUUGAGGCGUCGACCGCAUCUCGGAAUGCUUCCAGGCUUCCCCUCAGGCGCUUUCACCGUGGGGUCACGAGUCUUGAGCUCACGGUCGGGCGCGGACUGGGAGAACAAGGAGAAGAUGGAGGAACACAAGGAAAUAGAGAUACAGAAGGCACGCAAGAAGAUCAGUGAGCUAGAGAUGGAGAUAAGACAGCAGAGACAAGACCAUCUGGAGCUUCUCAGUCACUACCAGCGUCAGCUAUCCUACUCGACUCAAAAGUGA